AUGGGACUAUCUAGAAAUGAUGUUAUUCAACUCGAAAUUUCCUCGAAUUUAUUUGAAAAAUUGGCCAAAGAAUAUGAAGAUACUCUUGGUCUUAAACUACUCGAUUUGAAAUAUGAGCUGUCAGGAAGCACAUUUCGUCCUUUAGCUAGAAAAUUUUGUAUGAUUGCGGCUAAAACUUACUUCAGUUAUAAGAGAAAUCUCUCAGAACCGGUUGUUACUGGAUCUAUUAACAAAGUUUCCUUAAUCUUCACGAAUGAAAAGAAGCUUGAGAGUAAUACCGAUCUUUUGGAUAAUUGUCUCGAAUCACCUUUAUUCAAAAUCCAUAGAAUACCUGAUACAAAUAUUUUGACUCGUUGGCUUAAAAGAAAAGGCUUGGUGCUGAAAGUUACCCUGCUUCUUAAAAAUGAAGAGGUAAAAACCUUAUUGCAAUAUGAUUCUGAGAGCGUAAAUUCAAAUCGGGAAUCAGAACCAGAAUACCAUAUUAAAAAAGAAGAGUUACCACUGAUACAAGAGUCGGUUAUUGAUGAUAGUCAAUCUAAUCCUGGUUCAAAUCAGAAUAUCAACGUCAUUUCGGAGUCCCAAUCCUCAAAGGCAAUUUCACCUAGGCUACCGGCCUCAAUAGAGAUACAACUGCAAGCUGCCGCUGAAGCUGGCAUUUUGAAUACAUUGCCAGUGUCAGAUAAUUCUCAGAUCCCAGCUUUGGAUAUAGCAAGCUCAACUCAAUUGAUAUCAAUUGAAGACGCAAAUAAAAAUCUCGAACGGAUUUCGAUAGGAUACAACUUCAAGGUAAGAGCGUAUAUAUCUGGGUGGUCACCUCAUAAUUUGACUCAUAUUUGUUCCAAGACAUACUUCCCUACAGGGGAAUUAGGAGAUCCUACUUUGAUUCCAUUGGAAUUCUACUUGACUUCAGUUCCACCUUCUUGUAACGGACCUCCUACAAUUCUUGAUGAGAGCAACCUACUCGUUGCCCGAAUUGAUGAAGAAUCUAUUCUUGACUUUUUCAACGCAGAGUCCAUAGAGCGGUUAUAUAUCAAUUUGAAUAUGAUCCAAUUGCAACCUAAUAACAUCGAAAUGUUCGAACUCAUAAUAAAGAAAAGAAGUUUGGGGAAUACUACAGGUCUACCAGCUUAUUGGACAAUUGAAAAUUUAAAUAUUAAUGAUAUUAAGCUAGAUCGUUAG